AUGAUCGUUAAUUCUGAUUCUUUCAGUUCAUCCGAUUCUCCUAAAUUAAAUGUGUCAUUUACACACAAAACAUUAUUUUCUUCUAAUGCAAUCUCAAGGAAAACAAAUGUAUUGAUUUCAUUUAUGGAAGAAACUAAUCUUGUUAUAGAUGAAAAUGCGUUGAUUAUGAAUUCGGAUCAAACAGAAGUUUAUGAUUUUUGGGGAUAUAACUUUGAAGGUUUAACUAUACCUGCUACAGUAACAAAAAUAAGACAAAAAUCAUUUGAAAAUUCAACAUUUAUUCGUUUAUACUUUAAAACAGGUUCACAACUCUCUGUAAUUGAGAAUUAUUCAUUUGUAAAUUGUUCCAAAUUAACUACUAUUUAUUUCCUUCCAACAAAUGUAUUAAGUAAUAUAGGAUUUCAUGCAUUUUUUGAAUGUUUUUCUCUUGAAAAAAUGCAAAGUUUUGAGACAGCUAAUUACAAAUGUGUUGAUAAUACACUUUAUUAUAUUGAUGAAACAGGAAAACAUCUCUUCUUACAUGCAUGCAAAUCACCAGAAAAAUCAUUAAAUAUUAGCUGCAAAUCAAUUAGAAGUUACGCUUUCAAUCAGUGCGACAAUAUCGAGAAUAUCACUAUUGCACCUGACAGUGUUACAUUGAUUGAAGAAUAUUCAUUCAACAAAUGCUCUAGUUUGAAACAAAUCAAUUUCCCUCUUUCUGUUGAAACUGUUCAACCUAAUUCAUUUGUUGAAUGUGACUCACUUGUAUGUCCUCUUGUCAUUGAAAAUAAAUCUCCUAGUUUCCUCAAAAUGAUUAUUGAUUCUGGAAUUCCGAGAAGGCUUUUGAUUUCAUGUAAAGUUCUUCAAGCAACACAAAAUCUACAAGUUUUCGAAAAGAUGGGAAAUACUUCUCCAAAUCUCUUUUCAAAGCGUCUUUCCAAAUAA